AUGCAGAUCUUUGUGAAGACUUUGACCGGAAAGACCAUCACCCUGGACGUCGAGGCGUCCGACACUAUCGACGCGGUGAAGGCAAAGAUCCAAGACAAGGAGGGAAUCCCGCCAGACCAGCAGCGCCUGAUUUUCGCAGGUAACAUUCAUUCGUUUUUUGUGAGGUGCUGUCUUGUGGGUGUCCGUACUUCAUUCACCUUACAUACAGAUAUACCGGAGCCUCAUUUAUUUGCGAUUGAACAUUGUCAAUUCCACAGGUAAGCAAUUGGAGGACGGCCGCACACUUUCGGACUACAACAUCCAGAAGGAAUCAACCUUGCACUUGGUGCUGCGACUCCGUGGUGGUAUGCAGAUCUUCGUCAAGACCCUGACCGGAAAGACCAUCACCCUGGAUGUCGAGGCAUCUGACACGAUUGAUGCAGUGAAGGCUAAGAUCCAGGACAAGGAGGGAAUCCCGCCGGAUCAGCAGCGUUUGAUCUUCGCCGGCAAGCAGCUCGAAGACGGCCGCACGCUGUCUGAUUACAACAUCCAGAAGGAAUCAACCUUGCACUUGGUGCUGCGACUCCGUGGUGGUAUGCAGAUCUUCGUCAAGACCCUGACCGGAAAGACCAUCACCCUCGAUGUCGAGGCAUCUGACACGAUUGAUGCAGUGAAGGCUAAGAUCCAGGACAAGGAGGGAAUCCCGCCGGAUCAGCAGCGUUUGAUCUUCGCCGGCAAGCAGCUCGAAGACGGCCGCACGCUGUCUGAUUACAACAUCCAGAAGGAAUCAACCUUGCACUUGGUGCUGCGACUCCGUGGUGGUAUGCAGAUCUUCGUCAAGACCCUGACCGGAAAGACCAUCACCCUCGAUGUCGAAGCAUCUGACACGAUUGAUGCAGUGAAGGCUAAGAUCCAGGACAAGGAGGGAAUCCCGCCGGAUCAGCAGCGUUUGAUCUUCGCUGGCAAGCAGCUCGAAGACGGCCGCACCCUGUCUGAUUACAACAUCCAGAAGGAAUCGACGCUGCACCUGGUCCUGCGCCUGCGUGGGGGUAUGCAGAUCUUCGUUAAGACCCUGACCGGAAAGACCAUUACACUGGAUGUCGAAGCGUCUGAUACAAUCGAUGCGGUGAAGGCUAAGAUUCAGGACAAGGAGGGAAUCCCGCCGGAUCAGCAGCGUUUGAUCUUCGCCGGUAAGCAAUUGGAAGACGGACGCACCUUGUCUGACUACAACAUUCAGAAGGAAUCGACUCUGCACUUGGUCCUGCGUCUCCGUGGUGGUAUGCAGAUCUUCGUCAAGACCCUGACCGGGAAGACCAUCACACUUGAUGUCGAAGCGUCUGAUACAAUCGAUGCGGUGAAGGCUAAGAUUCAGGACAAGGAGGGAAUUCCGCCGGAUCAGCAGCGUUUGAUCUUCGCUGGUAUAAAUAUGCUUUCUAGCCGCGCAGCUGUAAAAAUAUCAUCACGUAUUACUGCAACAGGUGGACACAAACAGUAGCAUUCUUGCUUGUUGUUCGCCCUGUCCUCUGAUACCGAAAGCACAUUCGUCACAAAUGUAGAUGACUCUCGUAUUUUCAGGUAAGCAGCUGGAGGAUGGGCGCACUUUGUCGGACUACAACAUCCAGAAGGAGUCCACGCUACACUUGGUGUUGCGCCUCCGCGGUGGCGGAAUGUGA